GUCUGGUUGACAUACGGCUACAAGCAUGAACUACCCCCUAACCCUGGACAUGGACCUUAUGAACUACAACCUGGAAGAUGUGUACAGGGAGCUCGGCAACUACAGUGACAGCACCGAGAGCCCCGCGGUGGAAAAUCACCUCUGCUCCACAGUCGAGGGGCCCCUCCUGGCCUCCUUCAAGGCUGUGUUCAUGCCGGUGGCCUACGGCUUCAUCUUCCUCCUGGGUAUGAUGGGCAACAUCCUGGUGCUGGUGAUCCUGGAGCGGCACCGACAAACGCGCAGCUCCACCGAGACCUUCCUGUUCCACCUGGCCGUGGCCGACCUCCUGCUGGUCUUCAUCCUGCCCUUCGCCGUGGCCGAGGGCUCUGUGGGCUGGCUCCUGGGCACGGUCCUCUGCAAAGCUGUGAUCGCCCUGCACAAGAUCAACUUCUACUGCAGCAGCCUGCUCCUGGCCUGCAUCGCCGUGGACCGCUACCUGGCCAUCGUGCACGCCGUCCAUGCCUACCGCCACCGCCGCCUCCUCUCCGUCCACAUCACCUGCGCCGCCAUCUGGCUGGCGGGCUGCUGCUUCGCCUUGCCGGAGAUCCUCUUCGCCAAAGUCAGCCAACCGCACCACAACGACUCGCUGCCGCGCUGUACCUUCUCCCAGGAGAACCAGGCCGAAAGCAAGGCCUGGUUCACCUCCCGCUUCCUCUACCACGUCGGGGGCUUCCUGCUGCCCAUGCUGGUGAUGGGCUGGUGCUACGUCGGGGUGGUGCACCGACUGUGCCAGGCCCAGCGGCGCCCGCAGAGGCAGAAGGCGGUGCGGGUGGCCAUCCUGGUGACGAGCGUCUUCUUCCUCUGUUGGUCCCCCUACCACGUCGUCAUCUUCCUGGACACCCUGGCGAGGCUGAAGACCGUGGGCUACGGCUGCGAGCUGAACAGUUACCUCUCCGUGGCCAUCACCAUGAGUGAGUUCCUGGGCCUGGCGCACUGCUGUCUCAAUCCCAUGCUCUACACUUUCGCGGGUGUCAAGUUCCGGAGCGACCUGUCGCGCCUUCUGACCAAGCUGGGCUGUGCCGGCCCGGCGUCUCUUUGCCAGUUAUUCCCCACUUGGCGCAAGAGCAGCCUCUCCGAGUCAGAGAAUGCCACCUCCCUCACCACCUUCUAG